GCACCAGAGAAUGCUCGAUUCUUCGUCAACGCUGAUGCUUUUUACAUUCGUUGCCAUCAAAAGGAUAAACAAGACACGGAAUCGUUUGACAAAUUCGGUGGACCACGGAAAAAGCAGUCAGUCAUCAAAGAAAAGCCAAAGCGCUACUCAAUCGAUAUCCUGGCUUUUGAUUCAACUUCACGAUUGAUGUUCAUGAGGCAUGUGCCUAGAACCUUGGAGUUGAUGAAUAAACUCGGUUACGAGAUAUUAUAUGGAUAUAACAAGGUGGGAGACAAUUCGAUGGUGAAUCUGUUUCCAAUACUGGUCGGUGAUGUUCCAGAAGCUUUGGAAGAGCCAAUGAACGACACUAGUGGUGACAUCAAUACGCAAUGGAUUUUGCCCAGGGAAAAGAAACUGGACCCAUCAAAGCUGCCGAUUUUGUGGAAAAUGAUGCAAGAAAAGUUCGGUUGCCGUACGAUGCUAAACGAUGACAUGGCCCACAUUGCACGUGGAAUGUUCCACUAUCCUGACGCUGAAUUCUAUCGAGGUUUCAGCUCUCAACCGACUGAUCACUACUAUCGAGCAUUUUACAAUUCUAUUUAUAAGGUAUGUUUUCAACAAAAAAAAAACCAAAUUCAGACAGACUUUAUAAGAUAG